CUGGCUCGCGGUUGUGGCACAAAUCGUGAUUUUCGAGGCUCUUUCUCUAUGGAUUAUAACGGGGAAAAACGGACAAAGACGCAUAUUUACGAAUCUUAAAAAUUGGAUGUGUUAAAUUGUUUUGUUCUGGGUGUUCUUUCGGCAAUUGAGGAGCCGCUUUCAUAUGAGCUGCCGUUUAGUUUUUACUACGGGGUUUGUUUACCACAUUUCAACUUGGUUGAGCCGUCGGAGAUGAGUGGUCCCGAGGUAGUGAAGACGCCGGGGGGUGGGGCUCCGGGGAAGGAAGGCAAGGAGCCUGUAGCAAAUGGGCAUCCAGGAGAGGGCGAUCAGGGAGGAGACGAUCCCUUUGCUGAGUACAUGUGGAUGGAGAAUGAGGAUGUUUACAACAGACAGGUUGAAGAGGAGUUGUUGGAGCAGGAGUUCUUGGAGCGUUGUUUCCAGGAAAUGUUGGAUGAGGAGGACCAGGAUUGGUUCAUCCCGGCCAGGGACCUCCCCUCGGGGGUGGGUCAGAUCCAGCAGCAGCUUAACGGCCUGUCAGUCAGCGACGGAGGAAACGCAGAGGAGAUGGCGAGGAAGAGCAACUUGAACCCCGAUGCGAAGGAGUUCGUUCCAGGAGUGAAAUACUAGGAGUCCCCCUCACCCCCAGGGAGCGCCCACGCGCACACACAAGCACGAUCUCACACACCCUCGCAGAGACUCUGGCGGCCUCGACCGGAACACACACACACACAGAACAACACACACAGGUCCAGGGCGUGUAGAUAGAAACCCAUAGGAGGGUGGGGGGACUUUUAUUUAGAUUUUCUGUUUGUUUGAUGGUUAACUAAGGGACAGGGUGGGGGGUGUCAGUAUGAAUAAGUCCCUAUAGAGGAAGCUGCUGCUCCAUGUACACUGUAAAGGUAGUGUCUCAAAUUGCACGCUAUUCCCUAUGUAGUGCACUAAUUUUGACCAGGGCCCAUGGGCUUGAGUCCAUAGGGAACAGGGUACCUUUUCGGACGCACAUCGAGACGUACAUAUACAGAGAAACGAGAAACUCUGAGAUUUUCCGACCUUUUUCAUGGUUGCCAUGUUGGCACCUAAAAGCUCCAUGAUAUUGCAACAGGCAAAUGACACCCCGUUCCACCUUCAUUGUGCACUACCUGGUCCAAAGUAGUGCACUACAUAGGGAAUAGGGUGCCAUUUUGAGAUCUGCAUUUAUACUUUUCAUGGCUGCCAUGUUUGUGCCGGAAUGUUCCACAACAUUACCAUUCUAAUUGGAAUCCAACUAAGAAUGUUGUUGUUGCUAUAGAAUGACCCUGUGCCAACAUGGAUGACAGACAGUUGUCCGUUCUAGAACUCUGUACAUCUACGUACCUCUGGUUACAACAUGACAUCAUAAUGACUCUGUUCAAUAGGUCGUUAUCAAUAAAACGUCACAAUACGGUGCAGAGGUUUUGAAUUGCCUGCUGAGGGGGCAAGGAGACUCCUAGAUCCACUAAAACCGUUGACAACUGCGUGCCGUUUUCAAGGGAUUGUUAAAUAAAUGUUAACUAUUUGGUUGUAAUAUCAUCUCCUCUUGAAGCCCAGAGUCAAAAAUACAAACGUCAGAUUAUUCUAUAUUUGUCUCUAUCGUCAGUUAUAAAGUAACUUCAUGCUUUCCAUGAUCAGUAAACAUCAAUUGCUCAUGGGAUUUCAGACACGAGGGUAGCCUCAUGAUAAAUCUCAAUAUUGCCCACCAUUUGAUUGGAUAUUUGAGUGGUAGAAAGGAGAGCUAUACCUGACAAGUAUGAGUGGUUUAGGUUAAUUUCCCAUCAGUUGUGGUCUCUGCCUGUCAAGCAGCAGAAGGGCGCAUUUGCAGUUGUACUGUUAGCUGAUAAUGUUUACUUCGCUAGCUACUGGUAGAAACGUUGUACAUUUGGCUAAACAUAUAGUGGUAAGUAGACCUAAUGUACUUUUCUUUUUUCUCCAACCAAUGUAGGCAUAGCUAGCAACGUUAGCUAACAUUAUCCCCUUUACAACAUUGUUUUUAAGAAUGUUUUAAUUCCUAUUGCUGCUGACAGACGUGAUAGAGAAUACAUUGAUUGAUGUACCACGUCAAAUUGGCUAGCUAACGGCAGAUUGCGUCGAUGUGGCUAGCUAACGGCAGAUUGCGUCAAUGUGGCUAGCUAACGGCAGAUUGCGUCAAUGUGGCUAGCUAACGGCAGAUUGCGUCAAUGUGGCUAGCUAACGGCAGAUUGCGUCAAUGUGGCUAGCUAACGGCAGAUUGCGUCAAUGUGGCUAGCUAACGGCAGAUUGCGUCAAUGUGGCUAGCUAACGGCAGAUUGCGUCAAUGUGGCUAGCUAACGGCAGAUUGCGUCAAUGUGGCUAGCUAACGGCAGAUUGCGUCAAUGUGGCUAGCUAACGGCAGAUUGCGUCAAUGUGGCUAGCUAACGGCAGAUUGCGUCAAUGUGGCUAGCUAACGGCAGAUUGCGUCAAUGUGGCUAGCUAACGGCAGAUUGCGUCAAUGUGGCUAGCUAACGGCAGAUUGCGUCAAUGUGGCUAGCCAACGGCAGAUUGCGUCAAUGUGGCUAGCCAACGGCAGAUUGCGUCAAUGUGGCUAGCUAACUUUCAGGGGAUAAACUAAACUAGAUGGCUAUAUCCAGAUAUUGUUUGAUUUGCUUGUCCUCUAGUGGUGGUGACCGUAGUCCACUUUACCAAGAUGAGGACUUGUUUAUGUCAAGCUCUUUCCACAAGCCUAAUCUCUGAUGAAGCAAGCUAAAUUAUGUUGUCUGGAAAUCUAUUUUGCUACAUGCCAAAUUAAUAGGCUACUCUUACGUAUCUAAAAAUACAUGAUCAAUUGAUGUUUAUUGAUCAUGAAAGGAUGCAGUUACUUGCUGUAUAACUAUUGACUAUGCUCUUCAAGAGUUGAUGAAAACAGUUAUUUAACAAUCCCUAAAAUGGCACAUGGUUUUAGCGGAGCUCGGGGUCUCCUUGCCCCCCUAGCAGCCGACUCGAACACUCUACGUUUUUAUUGAUACCCACCUACAGACCUGCCUAAAUGUCCUCUUAUUACAUCAUAAACACUCUGUUUCUCAUGGGCCUGGUUCCAAACCAGUUACUCCUCUCCCCUAACCCCUUGUGGGUGAAAAGAUUGAGGUUCUAUCCCCCAUAUCAGAACCUGGAUCUGAAAGGUAGGGCUGUAUGGGGAGCAUUUGAGUUGUCACCCUUUUGAUGGUUCUAAGUGAACAAGGGUGUAGGGGUUAGGGUAUUUAGUGUUUGGAACAAGGCUGUUCUCUCUGGCUUGCAUCUCAAAUGGCACCCUGUUCCCCGUACAGUGUUCUACUUUUACCCAGAACCCUACGGGCUCAGGUCAAAAGUAGUGCACUAAAUAAGGAAUAGGGUUCAGUUUGGGAUGCGGCCUCUCUCAGUACUGAAAGAAUGGAAGCAUCAUGUAUAACUCUGUUGGUUCAAUCGUGUUUAUAUAAACACCUGAUCAGGCUCUGUUUUAAAAUUUAAAUCUCAUUUAUUUUGUCUUUCGAGGAGCAAAGUUGUUUUGUCUCUCUUGGGUUGCUGUAGCCUGUGGUCAAAACGGGAAUUGGAAAUGAAUUCCAAAUGGCACCCAUAUUCCCUCGUAUAGUGCCCUACUUUUGAUCAGGGCCCAUGGGGCUCCCAGUGGUAGUGCACUACAUGGGCAAUAGGGUGCCGUUUUGGGGUUCAUACUAGUCUGUCUAGCUCAGUGUCUAGGGGAGGUUCUAAUGAAUGGGCGGGACUUGAGGUCAGGUUGACUAAUCACAGGCCACGUGCACGCUGGGUCAACCAAUAAGAAUUGUCCGCCGAGUGGAUUUACAUAAAUCAUUUUUUUUGUUGUGAUUUUUGAGUUGGAAAGUCCUGACAACACAAAGUAUGAAUUUCAAUACAAAAAAAAAAAGAUGAAUAAAGAUGAAAAACUGCAGGUAAAUG